GAUGGGGGGAGCUUAUUUUAAGUGUCAUAAUUAAGUUUAGGAGCCUUGUUUGGGCUCAUUCAGGACUGAGAAUAAGGAAGGCUGGCUGCAUUUAGCUCUUUCUUUUUCCCUUUUCUUUUAAGAAAUUCUUCUGUAAGGGGUUGGCCGAACGCCUUUGCACAUCGAGGCUUGGAGAAUGAUGUUUUCUUUCAUAGUUUAAUAUUAGCAACUAUAUUUUUAACCGUUUCCACUGGAUUUGAUUAUUUGUGUGGAAAAUAUUCCCCCCACCUUUUCCCUCUGUGCCGUUCGAUCACUCAAAUCUUUGUUCAUUGUUCACUGACUUUGGAAGAAGGCGCUUUAAGUGUAUAAAAAGAAGGGGGAGCCUUCCCCACCAUCUCCUGGCUGGUUUGAUGUUGAAAUAGUAAACCUGAAUGAGAGGGGGGUGGUGAUGGUGGUGGACAUUUGCAGCUUUAAUUAACUUCGAGAUGCUUCAACAAGGACCAGAGCGUUGCUGGUGACGUUGCUUCAUAAAUCUGCCCUGUGAAGGGUGUGUUGGAUAGAAGUAUUUACAAUAUCACCAUCUGAUUGAAUAUUCACUACCUAUCGGGGGGAGCAGAUUUGCAUAAUUUGGAUUUUUUUUUCCAUUGAAAGAAACUUAUUUGCAAACCAAACCAAAACCUCUAGAAGUCCCCCAAACCCAGCUGCUUCGAUCUUCAUGAUUAUUCAGGGUUCAAACAUAACUGAAAAGUAUUGUUUUUGCAAUUCCUGACCUUCAGUACUUACCUCACAUCUCUGAGAAGAUCCCACAGCCAGGAGAAAUAUCUGUUGAUGUUGGACUAACCUGAUGGGAAAACUGAGGCAGAGUGAUUAAGCAACCUGCUUUAAGUUCUUGUCUGAACCAGGAUUUUCAUAGAUCACAUCUUUCCUCCUGAUCAUGUGUACAGACUACUAAGACCACAACUUUCUAUAUGCCCCAGGGAAGUGGGACGCCCAUUUGGCAAUCUGUCAGUGCCAGGCUCAGCUGCCUCCUCUCACUGAGUGAUUUCUAACCAGACUGACAGUCCUUAAAACAAGUAUGCAGUUAAGCUGCUAAGGGAUGGAGGAAGCUAGUUUGUGCCUUGGCGUUUCUUCAGCUGUGUCCGAAGCUGAUGCCCACCUCAACAGCUCCAUCCUCAAUGGCCAGUAUUCAAUGAGCCAGAAGCUCCACCAGAUCACAUCCCAGCUGAGCCAUGCAUUCCCAGAGCUUCAGAAUAGGCAGAACCCCGAUGAAAAGACAGCAACGCUCCUAGAAGACAAGAGCCACGUGUCCUUAGCAAACCAGCCCAUCAGCAGUCAGAUGGCCCUGUUAGCCAACCAGCUUAGCAGAGAGGUUGAUACCAGUUUGAACGGGCGGGUCGACUUGCAGCAGUUCUUGAAUGGACAAAACUUAGGCAUCAUGUCCCAGAUGAGUGAUAUAGAGGACGAUGCCAGGAAGAACAGAAAAUACCCGUGUCCCCUAUGUGGGAAGCGUUUCCGUUUCAACAGCAUCCUGUCGCUCCACAUGCGCACCCACACGGGGGAGAAGCCUUUCAAGUGCCCCUAUUGCGACCACAGAGCGGCUCAGAAGGGAAACUUGAAGAUCCACCUGCGCACCCACAAGCUCGGAAACCUCGGCAAAGGCCGCGGGAGGGUUCGAGAAGAAAACAGGCUCUUGCACGAGCUGGAAGAGAGGGCGAUACUGCGGGACAAGCAGAUGAAGAGCAGCCAUCUGCAACCAAGGCCUGACGUCAAAGCACACCCGCAUUCUCAGCCUAUGCCUCUGGCUAAUUGCAACCUGUCUGUGCCCACUAAUCACAACACCCCUGACAUUUCCAACCCUGUUCCCUCUCCAAAGCCAGCCAGCGUACAGGAAGAAGUGGUGGCAACCGCCGCUGGUUUCAGGUGCACUUUUUGCAAAGGAAAGUUUAAGAAGCGGGAGGAGCUUGACAGGCACAUCAGGAUCCUUCACAAGCCUUACAAGUGCACUUUGUGCGACUUUGCCGCAUCGCAGGAAGAGGAGCUGAUCAGCCACGUGGAGAAAGCGCACAUCACUGCUGAAUCGGCUCAGGGGCAGGGCUCGAAUGGGAGUGGAGAGCAGGCUGCGAAUGAGUUCCGGUGCGAGGUGUGUGGCCAAGUCUUCAGCCAAGCCUGGUUCCUUAAGGGCCACAUGAGGAAGCACAAGGAUUCGUUUGAGCACUGCUGCCAAAUCUGCGGGAGGCGCUUUAAAGAGCCCUGGUUCCUGAAGAACCACAUGAAGGUCCACCUGAACAAGCUGUCUGUGAAAAACAAAUCUCCCAAUGACUCAGAAGUCCCUGUGUCCAUCAGCAGCAUGUCACAGGAAGCUCACGCCAACUUGUACUCAAGGUACUUAUCCUGUUUGCAAAGCGGCUUCCUUCCUCCUGACAAAGCAGGUCUAAGUGAGCAGAAUCAGACUUACAACAAGGGGGACUUGCCCAUGAAAGAGAGGGAAAUGCUGGGCAAGCUUCUGUCCCCUAUUGCUGGCAUUGGCCAUAGCCUCACUGAUGGGGACAAGCAUUCUUUGUUGGGCUGUCUUAACCUCGUGCCUCCUCUCAAAUCCAGCUGUAUAGAAAGGCUCCAGGCUGCAGCCAAGGCAGCCGAGAUGGAUCCUGUAAACAGCUAUCAGGCUUGGCAGCUGAUGGCAAGAGGCAUGGCCAUGGAGCAUGGCUUUCUGUCUAAAGAGCACCAGAUCCAGCGAAGCCACGAAGACACUUUGACAAACGCCGGCGUUAUGUUUGAUAAGGAGAAGCGGGAGUAUGUGUUAGUAGGAGCAGAUGGCUCCAAGCAGAAAAUGCCUGCUGAUUUGGUUCACAGCACUAAAAUGGGCAAUCAGAGAGACUUGUCAAACAAACUAGACCCUUUGGAAGGCAGUAGAGAUUUUCUGUCUCACGGCAUGAACCAAGGGCUCGAUUUCAACAUGCAGAGCCACAGCAACGUGAAAGAGAAGCCAACCGAGUGCCCCGACUGCGGCAGGGUUUUCAGAACAUACCACCAAGUCGUCGUUCAUUCCAGAGUCCACAAGAGAGACAGGAAGGUAGAAGAAGAGAUCCUUCAGGGGAGCAUCGAAGAGCGUCGUGGGUCAGGCAGUGACCAGGAGUCUCAGUCCGUCAGCCGGUCGACAACGCCUGGGUCCUCCAACAUUACUGAGGAAAGUGGAAUGGGUGGUGGCCUCUCUCAGACAGGAAGUGCCCAGGAAGACAGCCCACAUCCUUCUUCACCUUCUUCUUCAGAUAUCGGCGACGAAGCUGGGAGAUCUGCCGGAGUCCAGCAACCAGCUUUGCUGAGAGACAGGAGCCUUGGGUCUGCUAUGAAAGACUGCCCUUACUGUGGGAAAACUUUCAGGACAUCACACCACUUAAAAGUUCACUUGAGGAUACAUACAGGUGAGAAACCUUACAAGUGUCCCCACUGUGAUUAUGCUGGUACACAAUCUGCUUCACUCAAAUACCACUUGGAACGACAUCACCGGGAACGGCAGAAUGGCGCAGGACCACUUUCUGGACAGUCUCAAAGUCAAGAACAUAAGGAAGAGACAUCAAAUAAAGGAUCAAUGUUCAUUAGACCUGAAGUACUGAGAGGAGCCUUCAAGGGUCUUCCUGGAAUAGAUUUCCGGAGUAGCAUGGGAUCUCAACAAUGGUCACCAGGAAUGCUUUCCUCAGGAGAUCAUCCAGGUCAUUCAACUGGCAUGUCUUCAGAGGUUUCUUCAGACGGCAUCAAGGGGUCUGACAUAUCUUCCAAAGGGACACGCUUUUCUGAACUGGGCAGAGCUUACCAUAGUAUGGUUGGAAAUGGAGUGAACUUCCAAGGGUCGUUGCAAGCUUUUAUGGACAACUUUGUCCUCAGUUCCUUGAAGAAAGAAAAAGAAAUGAAGGAUAAAGUCCUGUCUGAUUGCAUUUCCACAAAGCCUCUGGCUUUAGAGAGUGGUGAGGAGAAAUCAUCUAAUAAGCAGAGAAAAACAGAAAAAUCACAGUAUGAGCCUCUUGACCUCUCUGUGAGACCAGAUGCAGCCAGUCUUCCAGGUUCAUCCGUUACAGUCCAAGACAAUAUUGCUUGGCAUGGCUGCUUGUUUUGUUCAUUCACGACAUCAUCGAUGGAAUUAAUGGCUCUUCAUCUCCAAGCCAAUCAUUUAGGCAAGGCAAAGCGUAAAGACAGUGUUUUAGGAUCAACUAGAAAUGGUAAAGACCCACCCAGGGAGGCCAUUGCUUCAGCAAAUAAAACUAGCUUGCUGCUGACUUCCAUACAGUCCAACAAAGAUGUAGCGACUUCCAAUUUGAUUGGCCAGAUAGACCCGGCUUCUGAAAGAAUGAACCAAGGAUCCAAGGACUCUCCAGGAGAACAGAGGAACACCCCUUGGCCUGGUCACAUGGAUUCCACUUUUUAUAAUUUUGCAGCAGACUUCUACAAGCAAUUUGGCGUUUAUUCCGGAGUUGUCGGAGCACAAAAUGCUUGCACCGGUAACGACCCUGACAUAAAAACACAAAGUGAAGAUGACCCAAGCAUGCUGCUUUCUGACUCUGUAAAUAAAAGUGCUACUGACGACCUGUCAGACAUAGCUUCCUCUGAAGACAUGGAGUCCUCCAAGGAAGAAACCAUUGAUGAUGAGGACAUUGAAACAGAACCUGAUCUUACGAACAAACCAUUGUCCAAUCUGAGCAAAGAUGGUGCCGAUAGAGGGGACAACGUACAAGGCUCUGUUGCCUCAAAAGGACUCAUGCCGCCAUUGCCACCUUCCGAAAAACAGUGGCACAGUCAGAAUCUCCUCGCCUCCCAUGAAGCUACACCAGGUGCCAUGAAGCCUGAACCAGCUCAGAGCCCACAGGUCCUGGAGAAGCAAGUCAACAUGUUGUCGGUCCUAAGAGCCUACAGCUCUGAUGGCUUAGCAGCCUUUAAUGGACUUGCAAGUAGCACAGGAAGUAGUGGAUGUAUCAAGAGACCUGACUUGUGUGGUCACCGGCCUUUCCAGUGCAGAUACUGCCCCUACAGUGCCUCUCAGAAGGGAAAUCUGAAGACCCACGUCCUUUGUGUCCAUCGCAUGCCUUUUGACAACAGCCAGUAUCCAGACCGCAGGUUCAAGCGCUCCAGAGUUGACGCCGAAGCUUCUGGGAAUUCUGAGGAACCUGGAGCUGUCAAACCUGAGAGCUCGACAGAGUUAACGGAGGAGGGCAGCCAGGCCCAGGAGUAAUGCCGCAGAACAAAUCAAUCUGUAUAUUGCAAUAUUAUUUUACACAGUUUUUUAGAUAUGCAUUUCGGGUAACACAGAGAGUUUGCUUAACUGCCUUCUGAGGAAAACAGAUUGUGUGCAAAUUCCCAGAAGCGUGCAGGAUGUUUAAGACAUUAAAGACACACACACACACACACACACACACACACACACAUUAAAAAGAGAAAGAGGGGAAAAACAACAACCAGCCCUUGAAAAUGGCUGUUAAACUGUUACCUGGCAACAAGUACUUCCAAACAAUGUAGGUGGAGAUAAAUCAAGUGGGUGUUGUUUUUUCUUCUUCUUCCCCCAAAUGUGUGCAGGUUGCAAGAUAUCUGUGUUUGUGUGUGUGUGUGUGAAAAAUACUGAAAUAAAGGGCGCAUUUCUAACACUAAAGUGGUCUUUAUCCAGAAAGAAUGCUCUUACCAGAAUAUCUAUCUAUAUAUCUAUAUCUGUGAUACCAUCUUCCUGAUUUAAUGUUGCCUUGAAGAUUGUGGGAGUGGGGAAGUGUGUGUGUGGGGGGGGGGUGUUCCUGUGUUUUCAUUGUUGAAAACACCUUUUUAAUAUGACACCGACCGCUGCCAUUUGCCUAGCGUCGUAAUGAGACGUGUUGGUGGAGUGAGGUGGUGCCAGGCUGACUGGAGCUGUCCCUGCUGAGAAAAUCAAUCCAAGUGGUGCUCCAACUCUGCACUCUCAGAGAAAUUUUAGACGCCCCGUAAGCUACAGUCAGUGCUGACCUGUAUUGAAAAGGAUUGUGCUGUUAACAUUUUAAUUUCUGAAAUAUAUAUAUAUAGAUAUAGAUAUAGAUAUUAUAUAUAGCGAAAGACACACACACACAGAGAGAGAGACGGCCAAAUGAGUCAAGGAUUAGAGCAGAAAGGGGGGAUCUGCAGGCCAGCAAAACACUGCAGUUAAUUGUACAAUGUGGUUUUUCGGGGGGACAGUAUUUUUCUUCUUUUUUUUAGAUGGACUUGCAGUAUUGAGAGAAAUGUUGUCCCCCCCCCCCUUCCUAUUUUGUUCCUUUUUAAUGAAGUAGGUUGCUAUAGAGAGAUUUAGAAAUACAAUACUGAAGGAGCGUGCUGGAUAGAGAAACUAGUUAGCCUUGUCUAGAGAUGAUACCAGUGCAAAAAAAGGAGAAAUAAUUAUUAUUCAAUAGAAAGUUGGUUUCUUUUCUUUUCUGUUGUUUUUUUUUUUAGAAAGGGGGGGAAAGACUUGAAUGAAAGAUUCCCCAGGCAAGAUUAGUUUUCGUUUAUUAGGGUGCUGUUGUUAUUAUUCUUUUUUUAAAAAAAAGUGUUGCAGACAUUGUGCAGGACAGUGUAUUUUGUUUUUUUACUGGAGAAAUCUCUUUUCAAGCAAUUUGACCUAAAAUAUGAAUCCAGACAUCCUGCCCCUUGUCUCUAGUGAAAGGGGAAAAAAGAUGAAGGACGAAAAAUGUGUUAGCUAAUAUUUCUUUGUUUUUUUGUAAGGAAAAAAAAGCGUGUUCUAUAUUUUUGCAGAUUUUAGCUUUUCUACUAAUUGGCCCCUUCCAAAUUUAAUCCUGUCGUUUCCCACCUAGGAAGCUUUGGAGAGAUUAUAAUGAAAAACAUGACUGAGGAAAAGAAAAAGAUAAAUGUAAGAAAGCCAGUUAAUGGCUUCUCCUUACACCCACUUUAGUGGCAAAAGAUUUUAGCCUUUUCAUGUACUUCCUUUGAGAGAAGCAAAAUUGGUGCUGUUUAAGAUGAUAGAGAAGUAUUAACUUCUUCUAAAAACAAAAUCAUUCAGACUUAAAAAAAAUAUGUAAGUAAGAAAGAAAAAGUCAAUAUAUAUCCUUGCAGGCUGGGAGCACAGAGUAAAAAACCCCAGGGCCUUAAAAACUUCAGCUCUGCCUACAGCAGUUUACAAAAAAUACUAAACUGCAAUCAAUGUAAAUAAAAUUCGUAGCGCUACCCUGAGACUGGAAGAAAGGAAAGAGAUUCUCAGGCUAAUAAGAAAGACAGUUUGCAUACGCUGUCAGGAAAAAAAUUAAAAACGAUACCAUCCAAGUGAAGUUUCAGUUAAACUGAGGUCGCUGUGUAAGUUAGACCCCCGUCUGGCAGAGGGCAAGCUGCUUUUCUCAUUUUUGGGGAGAUAUUUUUUUUUCCUAGUAUAGUUCUCACUGCCUUACUUAAAUCAAGUUGAUAAACUUAAUGCAACUGUUUCUCAUGAUCCUAGGUAAAGGAUUGAAAUGUAAUUGAAGACUUUCUGACUGUAGUAAGCUUUAGGAUUUUAACUGCACUACCGUGUUUGGUGACUGUGUUUCGGUCGCUUGCUUUUGUGUGUUUGCGCCGCCUUCCGUAUCUUAGCGAGAAAAAAAAGAGGAAAAAAAAAAAGAUUCCACAUUCCAUUUUCUUGCACUUUUUUGGAGCUCUUUUCAGUAUUCUUUUUGUGUCUUCUGAGCAUUUUCAGAUACGACAGGCAAUAAUUCCGUUUGUGACACUGGAAAUUCCUCUCCCGUUCUUUGUGAUGUGUGUGUUGAAUCCAUUUGGUCUGGUGCUACUGUCCCUAUCUUUUGCCUCUGACAUCAGCCUCCCCCCCCCAUUUUUUUCCAGAACAUUUGUAACUUGGAAUACAAACAAGUGACAGGAGCAGUGAAACAUUGUCAGUUUCUGAAUAUCAUCAUGCUUCUCAUAUCUAAACAUGUCAAGUUUUUUCUCUGUAACUUCUGUAGUCUGUGAUAUUGGUCAAAAUACUGUCUACAUUCCUACGCAAAGGAAGAAAAAAAAAAUCUGUCUUGGAGAAAAUCUGAGAUCAAUAGAGUAGAGGAUUUUGUUGCUAUGCUUGUAACAAUUAGGAAAAAAAACCUUUGUAUUUAAAGUUUAUUCUUGGUCAUUAUUUAUUAUUAUAAUACAUCAGUUGACAGAACUUUAUUCUGGUAUAGAAGUAUUAAAAGUUGUUUCCCCCCCAGCAAAUGACUGUUUUUUCUUUCUGCUGUUAGAAUAAAAAUGUCUUUGAAAUGGUACAGUUUUAACCAGUGUUUUACGCAAUAAAACCUUUACCUCUGGGGGCAGAGAGAGAGAGAGAGAAAGAAAGAGAGAGAGAGAUGUUUUCCUACUUUGCUUAUAUUUAAUAGGAAGUUACAGACAUAAUUUUGCUUCAGCUUUUGUCAGAUUUGAGGGAAAAAAUGUCACUGGAGUCACAAUUGUUAGUCAGCUACCAGAGUGUUAGGCAGUUAAGCUGAGUGUUUGAUCAAUCCUCUUAGUAUUAUGGAACAAAUCUAUAAACAGUAUAUACAGAUAUAUAUAUUAUAUGUGUAUAUAUAUUGUGCUUAAUUAAAAGACUGUUGAAAUCUG